AUGAGUUUAGAAGCACAAUUUUACGAAGCACUAAGAAAGCAACGUGUUGUCGAAAAACGGCAAGCGCUUGGUAUGAAAAAACAGGUUCAACAACCAAAAUAUCAACCUCAUUAUAUUCCAACUGGUGAAUUGAAGCAAGAUGAUAUUCCCGUUCCACGCCAUUUUAAUCCAUUACGUCGUACAAUGGUAGGAAAUAGUGAUAUGAGUUUAUAUUCAAGAGAACGAGAUAUUUACAGCUGUGUACGACCACCAUCUACUAAAAGACCAACUCAAGGUGCCAAACUACACAAACGAUUUUCACUGAUUUCAGACUGGAAACGAAAAUGUGUUGUUUUGGUGUCAGCUCAUUUGUGCAAUGUUAAAAAUAAUCAAAUAAAAAUGUAUUCAAUGCAUGCCAUGCCGAGUCCAGUACGUUUGAUUCCAGCAAGUCCAAUGAUUCCCACGAGUCCGAUGACUGGUAUGCAAACAUUUUUAAUCACACUACCAGAAUCAAUGUUACAGCAGACAAUGGCUAUAAAUCCUUGCCAAUAUUAUCCACAACAGCAUCAUAAUUGUGCACAUUUACAACAGCAUCAGUCAUCUGUUUCAAUGUCACCUCUCUCACAACAACAUUUUCCACAAACACAGUGUACAGCACUCAUGACGGCAGCUUCAACUGUCAUGACACCACAAAUUUCUGCUCCAGCGACAGCCACUUUUUGUGCUAUAAAUACAAAUCGAACAAUUGCAGUUUCAUCACCAUUACCACCACAUUUUAUUAACCAUACAGCAACACCACAAUCACCAAUACCAUUUUUUAUUCAAACAAAUCAAUUAAUGUCAUCAGUACCAGCAUCACCUGUAUCAUUUGUAAAACAUCAACAACAGCAUCAGGAAGAACAACCACAACCACAACCACAACCACAAGCACAAUCAGUGCCGUCAACCUCAUUAUCACCCAUUCCAUUUUCUUUAUUGGAAAAACUACCACCAUCAACAAAAGAUAAAAGUAAUACAACCGCAAAAGCUAUAACAACAUUAACAAAUCGAUUAAUUGAUUUAUUAAAAGCAAGCACAUGGUCAUUGCCAGUGAAAGUUGAAUUAUUGGAUAUAUUUGGUGAUAAUGAUGCAUCAUCAGAAGCAAUCGAUUAUUGUACAAGUUAUUUGACAGAUAUAGCUAUAUUCUUGGAUACUCAUCGACUUGUAAUUAACCAAACAAUGGAAUGUUUCAAUUUAAAAUCGGCCUAUGAAUACAAUGAAUUACUUGAUGAAUUGAUUGAUCGUUGUGGACGAGAAGACUUUAAUCGAAAAUAUAUGAAUCGAUUAAUACGAUUAUUUAUCAAAGCAAAAUGUCUUAGAAAAUAUCAUGAGAAUUCAACGGUAUUUGUAACAAUGUUUGAGGGUGUUGAUACUCUAGAAGAAUUUUGUUUAAAACAUGAUAUAACAUUAGUUCGAUUAUUAUUAAUCGAAGGCUUUCAUUUUGAACCGGAAGAAUAUUCAUUAUUAUUAUGUGGUAAUGAUUCAUUAGUUGAACAUGUUCAGUCGUUCGUAGAAAAUUGGUAUUCAAAUUAUUCAUUAUCAAUGUGCAUUCAGGAUUUAUUUGCUGCCCAACAACGAGCCUAUGAUCCAUUUGAUUUGGAUAAAUUUUGCGAAGAAAUGGAAGCAUUUAAAGCCUAUUCAGAAGUAGAACAAAUGUCACCUGUAUGUAUUUUAAAUUCAUUACAAGCAAUUGUAAAUAUGCUGAGUAUUUUGGAACAAAAGGCGGCUGAUCAUUGGUGCCAAUAUCACGGCCCCUUUCAAAUUAUUUCAAAACGUUCUGUUAAACAGCCCACAACAAUGUCACAAUAUAUUCUUUUACCACCAUCAGAUCAAAAAAAUUAUUAUGGAUCAGAUGGUGAAUAA